AUGUUUUAUGCUGAAAGACCAUUUCUCUUCAAAGCUAUGGUCAUGGUCGCUUCUUACAGAAAUCGUCCAUUUCAGCACCAGAUGGGAACUAAACUGACGGAAGAGGUUGGAAAGCGGUUAUUAGUGGACGGAGAAAGAUCCUUGGAUCUAUUACAGGGGCUUCUCAUACAUAUUGCUUGGUACCACGUUCAUCUUGGUGAGGUGUCUCAAAUGACCAAUCUGCUUCAACUGGCCAUCGCACUGCUCGCCGACUUGGGACUUAACAAACCCUCACAUGGAACCGAUCGCAGGAAGCUCAUGUUUGGCAGUUCAAAAUUGACCCAAGGUGCGGUAGCAGAAUCCCGGCCCCUGAGAAACGAUGAAACACGAGCUCUUUUGGGAUGUUUCUUUGUGUCAUCAAUGUUCGUUCUUCCCUUCCAUGUUCACAUCACUUGUCCUAAUUCAAACAGAGUUUCUGCAAUCUUUCGACGAAUACCUGCUCUCGGCUAUACCAACUACAUGGAAAGGCAACUGCAAUCACUCUUGGAUUCUCGUGAAUACGAAUGCGACGUCCUUCUCGCCGAAAUGACCCAUGUACAACAGUUUGCAGAAAGGGUUUUCGAAGCAAUGCGUUACGAUGAAGCAGAAGACCCCACAAUCCCGCAUGCCCCUAUUGCUCUUCACUUAAAGGCAUUGCGCAAAGAGUUUCAGUGUCAGUCGAUGACGAGUCCGAAUGAACUACAAAAUGAUAAGCUCCUUAAUGUUCAGAAAUGCGCGGUCGAAGUUUUCAUUCAUGAAAAUGGUAUCAACGAUUCAUUUUGGAAUCCCCCGUCAACCACGAAUGAACGAAUUGACGUAAUGUGGAAUCUCUUACAAAGCAUCAAAUGUUUCUUUGAGAGCUUCCUUGAUCUUUCUCCAGAAACGGUUUUCCAAAUCCCGUAUUCUGGGUGGGGUCAAUCAACAUACGUUAUUUUGAUAUUCUCGAGACUUUCCCAGUUGGAAUGUCCAGGCUGGGACCCGCAGAUGGUUCGGGAUACUUAUGACUUUUCUGGGAUGAUUGAAGCGCUGAUACAAUUUCUGGAAAAGUGUAUGAACUACGCAGCAUUACAUUGGCUCUCUGGCCAGCAAGACCCGGUCAUCACACGUGCGCUGAGCAAAGUCAAAUUUAUUCAGACAUGGUGGCAAAAUACCCGGCCUGGUCUUUCUCCCUCUCAAAUGCAGCCAUUUUCGCCAAGUUUGAGCUUUUCUAAAGGCUCUGUGCUUGGUGAUGACUUUUGGGAUGAGUUGAUGAGAAACUGCGAACCCCUGGAGUUUUAG